AUGCUUAAAACUUUAUGGACAUGCUGUCCUCAACAAAGAAUUUAUAUGUUUGACAUACGAAAUAAUUAUUAUGUUAUUAUGGGAAGAAAUGAUUGUCACAAUUUCAUUCGAGAAAAUCGAACUCGUCUCACGAGACAAUGUCAAAACAAUUUAAAAUUAUAUGAUCCAACACGUGGAGAUAUGGGCAGUUGUGAUGGUCGUCUACUUCGUAAUCUUGCUGAUAAAUGGAAUUUUGUAGUAGAAUUAUCAAAUUAUACUGAACAAUGGUGUAUCGAUGGUCUUUAUUCCAUGCUCAUAUAUUCUGAUAUAAAUCAAAUUUUACCAUGUGAAAGAGCUAUUCGUCAAGGAUUAAGAAAAGAUCCACAAUCAUAUACUAUAUAUGAUAAUCUUAGUAGGAAUAUACUUAAUUCAUAUGUACAAAAUUUACACAAUUAUCGUAAUUGUAGUGAUCCGUAUUUUUGGGAGAAAGAAAGCGAUGAAGAAACUGAUACAUUAAUGACAAUGAUCGAGUAUCGAAGAUAA